CCAGUACCUUGCGUACAAUCAUGAUCAGGUAUAUUGAUAUUAUGGAUUUGUAAUAGCCGAUAAUUACAGAAGGCUGUAAGCGAGGUGACUUGUGUCGCUGAUUUCCCAAGGGGCAUAUCUUAAACUCCGAGUCUCAGGGACUGAGGGACAUCUAUAUAAACCCUUAAACAAUCAUUUUAUCUUCCUCGCCAACACCUCCCUUAGUGGACUGUGGCUCUUCUUACUGCACAGAACUUCACUGGAGUCUGGACCAUGACUUUAGCAAUCUCCCACGAUUCCACUGUGUGCAAUCUGCCCCCUUUUCCUCCUGAACUUUGGAUUACAAUAUUUAGCCUCGCAACAGAUAUCCCUGGUCUGCUGAGUUAUGAUGGCUCAAACCUAUAUGAUCUUCCGCGUCCCCUCGUCAAAGACCACGAGCACAAACUGUUGAAAGAGUCUCUUAUCACAAAGAGGAAUAUUAUCCUUGUCUGUAAGACAUGGAACGCUCUUGCCACCAAUUUUCUCUAUCAGAGUGUUCUGGUCACUCGCCCAGCUACCCUGUCUUCUUUGUUUGUCUCCCUCGGUGGGAGAUCCUCUGGAGCAGCCCGCUCCGUUCACGUAGGGUGGUGGACGAGACGACUUGAUGUCUUGAUACAGGAUGACCAUUGUGAGGCAUCUGAUUACGCCCUCCUCGCCAACAUAAUUCGACGGUUCCCAAACUUGUCGAUCGUCAAUCUAUCUAUGCCCAUGCUUCCCUAUAAUGAUUCCUGGCUUCGGCAGCUACCCGAAUCAGUCGUGAUGGCGCUAGCUGAAUCUUGCGGUCCAUCAUUGCGCGUAUUUGAUUGUUCUGAGUCCAUUUUGCGCCCCUCCAGAGAGGAUCUGAUGAAGUUGAUAAUUGCAGCACCAAAUUUGAGUGUGCUCCACUGCCCAAUUUGCUCGCCCAGCACAAGGGACAAGUCUCCUUCUGCUAGACUCGACGUGCCCGUUAUGACCAAGCUGCAGUCCUUGUCACUUAUGUCGGUCUUUUUGCGGGAUUAUCUGCCAGACGAUAGAGACGCCAAUCACUUCCCCGCUCUCAGAAAACUUACUUACGACUGCAUCCCUCCUCCAUUCCUUGACAAUACUUGGAAACAUUUUGUGAGGCUGAGCUGCGCGAAUGUCACUACCGUGCACCUCGACUAUUCCCUUCAAGCCGACCGUCUUCAAAAAGAGCUGGAUCUGCUCAGUGAAUGCUGUUUGUCUUUGAACGACCUCGUCGUUUACAUCCGUUCAUGGACGGAGGUCAACCCAAAUCUCAUCCUCCCUCCUUCCGUUUCAUAUCUGGGAUUAUAUUCCAAGCUACGCAAGGCACCCACAUUCCAUUUUAUGCAACUAUUUGCCGCUCUUCGUACCAUAUCAGGUUCGAAGCUCAAGACUGUCCGAUUGCUGCACGCGGACGCUGUGGAAGAUUUACGGGAGAACUCUCGGGAUCUGUUGCAGGGUGAACUCGCUGAUAGCACUCGUAUUAUAUUCCGCAUCGAGGACCACGAGGGUUAUCUUCUGAUGAGUUGAUGCAUAGGUCAUGGGUACAGUAUAACACGUGUGGUUUGAACAUUGGUGUAUUCAUAUCUUCAUUCACACCACAUACUGGUUCACUCACGCUCCUAAUCUUCAGGCAUCUAUUUAGACGCAUCAUGGAUUCAUUAUCUGUAUCCAAUACGUGUACACUGCUGCAAACAUCGCCCUUCAUUGCUCCCGGCGUCCGCCAGGAACGCCCUGAUAAGUUAUGCACCUGAUGACUUCAUCGCCCGACUCAUCGACUACAUCUGAGGAUGUUGUUUCAGUCGCUAACAAUAGACAAUGUCUGAGCGCCAGUCACAUU